AUGUCAGUUCCUGAUCGGUUCUUUUCCAAGGGUGUAAAGUCAUGUCCAGCAGGGGAGAAAUUAUGCUCUUCAAAGCUAACUACUUCACCAUUCUAUUGGGGAUUAGCUUUGAUUGUUCUUGGCAAGGCUGGUCAGGGAAUAUGUUUGAAAGCCCUAUCCUUUGGUAAAAUAAAGUUCAAAAGAGAUCCACCCGAAACGAAGGUAAUCAAAUUUGGUUUCUUGAAGUAUGAAGUUCGCCGAAGAAAGAUUCAAGACGAAAGGAAACGUCCGAAGAAUAUUAUUCGAAGUACCUGCCUCAUAGUUGGAAAUGUAGGUGGCAUCACAUGGGUUUUUUUGGCUCCUGAUUGGUCUUAUCGGUUUUUGAUAUCUGCAUGUGUAAUGGCAAUUGGGAUUACUAUAUUUUUGAUUGGAUACGCAUUCAUUUCCCCCCCUCAACUGCGAGCAAGUCCCCUCAUAAACAUGUUGUGGGUCCUUCUGGCUGCAUUCUUAAAGAGGCAUCUUGACUUUACUAAGCAGGGUACAGAAUUUAACUAUGGGGAUAAAGAUCAGACACCUCAAGGUCAAGGUCACAACCAGAAGACACCUCGAGGUCCCAAGAAAAAGACGACGCUCACUGAUCACUGUCGGUGGCUCAACAAUGCUGCAAUAAAUGUGCCACGCAAUUUCCCCUGCUUUCCCAUUGGAUGGAUUAAUUGCACAGUGGAUGAGGUUGAGGAGACAAAGCUUCUGUUAAGAAUGGUUCCAAUCUCAGCUACCUUUCUUUUGUAUGGGGUGAUCAAAUCCAACAGUAGUACCUUUUUCAUUGUGCAAGGAUAUGCAAUGAAAAGGAUAGUAUUUAAACAACGAAUAGAGCAAAUGAAUGGGAGAUACUCAGCUGGAAUGAAGUUUGUACUGAUGGGAAUCAUGGAUGGAUUAGCUCGUGAUGGUAUGGUGGAUUUCUUCAAGUAUCAGGUUCCAAAGUCAAUGAGGAAGAGAUAUGCACUCAUACUCACUGAAGUUGUGAUCGGAUAG